AUGGUCUCACAGGCUUCAAGAGUGAACCUGCAGACCUUCACAGUGAGUGUGACAGCUCUUAAGGCAGCGCGUCCGGAGAUGUUCAUUCCUCCUGGUGGAGUCGUGGUCUCGCUAGCCUCAGGAGAGAAGCAGCAGACCUUCGUGGAACCUGUUACAUUCAAGGAUGUGGCCAUGGACUUCACCAAGGAGGAAUGGGGGCAACUAGACUAUGCACAAAGGGCCUUGUACAGAGAAGUGAUGCUGGAGAUCUAUGGCAACCUGGUCAUAGUGGGAUUUUGCAAGCCAUCUCGAAUGUUUCCCAAUACUAUUGCUUGGCAAAUAGCAAAAGUAAGCAAAAGUAAGUGUAACUGGUUUAUUGUAGAGUGUCACCUCAAUGGGGCAUAGAAGGUUAUGAAAUGGUUUUUUUUUUCCAAUCACUGCUUUCAACCAUAUUCUAUUGAAUUCCUCAAAUAAAUUAAUGUAUGAAUAAAUAUUGAAUGGGAAAGAAAAACCUAGAGGGAGGGCUUUAAAGAAGAGAGGUUUUCCCCUUUGCCAGCUCCCAGAGGAAGAAUACAAAUGGAAUAAAAGAUUACAAACUGUUGAAAAUAUUUGCAAUUCAUAUUACAGACAAAGGGAUCCAUUGCCUUAUUUAUCAAGAGCUCUUAGAAAUCAAGAAGAAAAAACAUGGAAAAUAUGAAGAGACUUGUCAGAGAGAAAUACAAAUGAUCCUUAAAUUUUUGGAAAGGUGUUCUACCUUUCUCAUUAUAUGAGAAAUGAAAAUCAAAACCAUACUGAGACACCAUUUCCUACCUAUCAGGUUAGCAAAAAAUUGAAAAGGUUUUUUUUUUGGUCUGUUUGUUUUAUUUGUUUGUUUGUUUUUUGAGAUGGAGUCUCGCUGUUACCCAGGCUUGAGUGCAGUGGCACAAUUUCGGCUCAUUGCAACCUCGGCCUCCUGGGUUCAAGCGAUUCUCCUGCCUCAGCCUCCUGAGUAGCUGGGACUACAGGUGCAUGCCACCAUACCUGGCAAAUUUUUUGUAUUUUUAAUAAA